AUGGUGGUUUUACUCCUAGACUUCUCAUUUUCAAAAGUAGAACAAUUGAUUAGCUAUAAGCAUCUUGAAGCUGAUGAUAUAUCAGAGACAACAGAUGCCACUCCAUAUAAUGCAAAUCAGCAUACCUUACAAAUCGAAUUAAAUGAAUUAGAAUCUCAAAUUCAAAAACUAUUAUCAGAAAAUCAAGAUGAAUAUAUAAAUGCAACUAACAAAAUUAUAGAUUUUGUCCAACAAAAGCGCGGAAAUGCAUUCAGAUAUCUAAAUCAUACAUCUUUUUACUUAACAUUUCAAAAUAUACUUUCAGAUGCACCAAUUAGAGAGAAACACUCACUAUUAAUAAUUCUAGUCGACGCGUUUAUUACUCUUUCUCAGCCAAAAGCAGAAAUUAAAAACUUAUUGAGCGAAGAAUUAUUUAACAUCAAUUUAUACAUAUUAAAUCACUCAACAGAUGAAUACGCUAUACAAAAAAGCAUUAAUUUUGUCAUACACACCAUGACUCAGUUCCAAGAAUUCAGUUCAACGCUAAUCAAUUUGAAUUAUUUCGAAAAUUUACUCGUAAUCGAACUGAUUAACAGAAAAUCAGCAGCAUUUCAGAAUUCAGAACCAUAUCUCACCAAUGAAUCAUUGUUAAUUGAAGCAUUAAUGCAUAUUUUCCGAGUCUCAUAUGAAAAUAUUUCGGAUUAUCAAUUUGGAGAGUUUUUGUCAGCAUGUGUGGUAUUAAUAUGCAAUGGUUUAACUCUAGAUAUUACUAAUUCAUCAAUUCGAUCCGUAAUUUCAAUAUUAUCUAUUGAUCCCGAUACAACUUUAAGAUAUAUAGAAGAAAACCAUCUAGAACAGCCAGUAAUGUUUUAUUCAAAGCAUGAAAACUCCGAAAUCGCUUAUAAUUCACUUAAUUUAAUGUAUCAAAUUGUUCAAAGAGUUCCAUUGUUGUUUGAUAUUGAUGAAAUGAUACUGUGUAUACAGAAAUAUCUAGUUCGUCGAGGGAGCAACUCUGAUAUCAAUUUUAUCCUAAUUUCUUGUAAAAUUGCAGCAAUUUACUUAUCAAAUCCUGAUUUUCAUGAGGUUUUCGCUAAUGAAGGUAUUAUUUCACAACUUGCUGCAUUGAUUAAGGAUCAAUCUGUUGAUGUAAAAACAGAAUCAUUUCUUGCCUUAAAAAACAUCAUUAUUUUUGGAAGUAAUGAUGCAAUUAACUACAUAUUUAGUAAUUAUGUUAUUACAAAACCAAUGAUUCUUCUUUUAGACGUUGAAAAUCAGGAAUUAGAACACUCUAUCAUUAAAUCAUGUAUAAAGAUAGAUUCUAUAGCAAGAGCAUUCAAUAUUUUAACAAGUGCAGCAAAAAUUAUUAAAAAUGAAAUUGAUUAUGAAAGACUUGAAGAAAUAGCAGAAAAUAGUGAAAAUAUGAAUUACAAAAUUGCUCAAAAGUUAAUUAAUAUACUUUCUGACGAAUAA